GGGCCGACUCCUACCGUGGCGCCACCGCCCCUUAAAAACUAGAGCCCGCUGCGCCGCCCUCGCCAGAACAGAGCCCAUCGUGUGACGUGAGACGCUGCGCGUGCGGGACCGUGCAUCUUGUAGACCUGCGAGCCCUGACCAGAGGACACACAACCGGCUGUUGCGAAACCAGGAGGAAUCUGUUUGGUGGUGCAGAGUAGAGCGCCUUCUGGAAAGGAGAGAGAGAGUGAGGGACCCCUCCGGCAGUUGUCGCUUAUAACUUCUCUUUGAGGUCGUCCGGCUUGUCCGCCCAGCGGUCAAGCGAUUAUUCGGUGCCAAGACGAGUGCGCACACCAUGACCUCGAUGUUCCAGACGCGCCUGACGAUGGCGCCAUCACCGACCCCGUCCCAUUCCAAGAGGCUGGACAAGAAGAAGUUCACGCACGUCUCCAGCGAGGUGAUCGCCCGCGGCGAACACAUGUCGCUCGCCAAGUACAAGUACGUCGACGCCACCGGCAGUCAAAAGAUCUGGGAGGUGGCCGAACGAUGCCAGAAGGCCAAGAGCAGCGAGUCUGACUCUGUCUGCGCGAUUCCAAUCCUGCGCCGAAUGCUCAAGUAUGACUGCCUGGUUCUCGUCAAGCAGUACCGGCCUUCCAUGAAAGCCUUCACCCUGGAGUUCCCCGCUGGCGUCGUGGAGCCGCCAGACUCCACGUCAGAACUCGCGGCUUUGCGCCGGCUCAACUCGCAGACAGGUUACACAUGCACCGGCCUCAAGAAGACCAGCCCUCUGACGGCCUCUGACCCUGUCCACACGACGUGCACCACGAAGCUCGUGUCGGUCGAGAUCAACGGCGAUGAUCUCCGCAACCUCAACGCCCAGCAGAAGUUCGGCGAGGGAGAGUUCUACGAAGUUGUCCAGGUUCCCAUGAACGACGUUCUUAAGCGGUUAAAUGAAUACAGCGAGGACGGCUACGUGAUCGACUCUCGCGUCUACACCUUCGCCCUGGGCCUGUCCAUGGGCCUUAAAAUGGGCGCCGAGCAGAACGGCGACAAGGAGGACGACGUCCAGAUAGUGACCAACAUCAUCGACCACUAGACGCGCGACGCCCCGUCCCCACGUCUUCACCGGUGAUUUCGCCGCACUACAAUCCGAAAACCCCAAGUUUCCCAUGGCGUGGACACAAGCAUGGAAUGGUGCUGCCGCAAGCCUCCGUGUCACUAAAGAAGUCCUGACCGUGCGUUCAACUUCGGGGGGAUAUGUUAAGCAACCAGCAAACUUUUCACGUAUGGCGUGUAACACAGGUCACCCGGAAUUAGCUAUUUAAAAAAACCCUGUUCUGAUCGUAGCAGGCAGUACAGAGAUAUAUUUGAAAUUGGGGAAGUCUUCCAUGCGGCAGAAGGAACCGUGGAGCGUUUAUGUAUCAUGUUGGUUUUCGUGAAAUGUGAGUGUUGUGCAGUGCAUGCCAUGUAUGUAUGUAUUGAUAUUUCGAACCCACGGACAUUUUUUUCAUUCUGCUGUUGUAAUUACUAUUUUAUUGCCCCCUUAUGCUUUGUUGUUAUGGUACCUGAAACUCACUCUUUCCUUUGAAACGCGCACACUAUAUAUUUUAAUAGCCGUCAAAGCUCUGGGAACAACACCGAGGGGAAUGAUGAUAAAUACAAAAUUAAUUAAUCAUUGAGUAGAUUGUUAUCACCAAAUAUAGUGACUGGUGUACGCAUGUAUUGAGACGAUAAAGAUGACAAGCCACAAUAUGUGGCAAAGUAUUGUGUACGGCUUGAUUGAUCUUAUAGGUUGGUGAUAACAGACUCGUCGCCAGCUAUUUGAAUGCACGUUUGGUAAAUUUUCGCGAUCAUGAUGCCUUCUCACCCCCAGGUGUGUCCCAGAUCUGACACCAAAGCGCCAUAUCUGUACGUCGUUGAAUAAAGAGUGAUGUUAUCAUUUA